CUCGCCCCUCCCUUCCCCUCCAACCACGUGACCGCACUCUCAUUGGCGUUAGAAUGAACGGGUGCAUCCCUAUUGGCUUCCGCUGCGUCCCUGCUCUCUGAUUGGCUGCGGUGGUUCACGUGACGAGCGGCGGUGAGGAGUGCGGCGGCAGCCCCGGAGGCCGAGGCGAUGCCGCUGCCCGUGGCUCUGCAGUCCCGUCUGGCCAAGCGGGGCCUGCUCAAGCACGUGGAGCCCGAGCCGGAGGAGGAGAUCAUCGCUGAGGACUACGAUGAUGCUCACGUGGAUUAUGAGGCCUCGAGGCUGGAGGGGCUGCCCCCCCCGUGGUACAAGGUCAUUGACCCCACCUGUGGACUCCCCUACUACUGGAACGUGGAGACCGACCUCGUGUCCUGGUUGUCCCCAAACGACCCCAACUCCGUCAUCACCAAAGCUGCCAAGAGGCUCAAAGGGGCCCAGGUAGAGGCCGAGGACCCCCCCGAAAGGGGCUAUGAGAAGGAGGAGCCCCCCCGGGAGCGGCGCUUCCAUCGGCGUGAGGAGCUGGCACCGUACCCCAAGAGCAAGAAAGGCAGCCGUAAGGACGAAGAACUGGACCCCAUGGACCCCAGUGCCUACUCGGAUGCCCCCAGGGGGACCUGGUCCACGGGGCUCCCCAAGAGGAACGAGGCCAAGACUGGGGCUGACACCACAGCUGCAGGGCCCCUGUUCCAGCAGCGCCCGUACCCCAGCCCUGGGGCUGUGCUUAGGGCCAAUGCAGAGGCCUCGAGGAGCAAGGACUGACCCGAACCCCAUAGAACAGCUCUGGGACCCCAAAAACACCUCUGGGACCCCAGAAAACAGCUCUGGGACCCCAAAACCGACUUUGGGACCCCAAAAACUGACUUUGGGAC